CCGGAAGAAAACAUCUUGAAACAGACUACAAAAAUAAACACUCGGCCCACAAGACAUGGAUGUUUAAAAGACUGGGUGUCUUCCAAGUCCGGAAUUGAGAAAGUAUCGCCAAGUUAAGGGAGAGAGUUAUACUGUGAGUCGCCAUCAUCAUCAUGGCAGACUUUGACCAUGACCAGCAGGAGCCUGCAGGACUAGAUGGCUUGCCAGCCAUGUACAGUAUUGUGAAGGGAGAGGUGGCUUCUGUACAGACCUAUGGAGCCUUCAUCAAGAUUCCUGGCUACAGGAAGCAGGGGUUGGUCCAUAUCAGUGAGUUGUCAGCCUGUAGGGUUGAGAAUGUUGCAGAAGUCGUCGACGUGGGAGAGCAGGUGUGGAUCAAGGUCAUCGGGAGAGAGAUGCGUGAUGACAAGGUGAAGCUCUCCUUCUCAAUGAAAGCUGUCAAUCAAGGAACAGGGAAAGACCUGGACCCCAACAAUGUCAUAGCAGAGCAGGAUGAGCGGAGGCGUAGACAGUUCAAAGAUGGUACAGGACGGAGGAUCACAUUGGAGGCUGUACUCAACACCACCUGCAAGAAGUGUGGCUGCAAAGGUCACUUCGCUAAGGACUGUUUCUCGGCCCCAGGGCUGCAGUAUGAUCUGAUACCUGAGGAGGGCGAUGAUGAGCCGCAGCAGCUACAGAAAGAGCCUAUCAACCCCAACCUCAUCCCACUAGCAGUCCGCAAAACCCAACCUCCACAGGACUCACACAAGAAGAAGAAAAAGGAGAAAAAAGAGAAAAAGGAGAAGAAGGGAAAGAAGAAGAAGAGGAAGAGAGAGAGGAAGGAGUCCGAAAGUGACAGCAGCAGCAGUGGACCCAGUCAGGCCAAGAGAGGGCGGCAUGACGACAGAGAGGACAGAAAGAAGAAGAAACACAAGAAACACAAGUCCCACAAACACAUCUGAGACUGAUCUGAUGGACUGACACACAUUGCACUAAACACACACAAAUUACACUGUAGACACACAUACACACAGUUAAAAUGUGAACACGCACAUACACAGCGUAGACUUGGAUGGACACACACACAAGUUGACGCAACAGUCAGAAGCCCCUCAUAGCCCCUUGCCCCUACCGUCUGACACAUGCAGAUCCAUAGAAACCUGAUAGGUGUUAGCAAUAUGGCAGCUUCCCUGAGCCCAUCGGAAAGUGAAGUAUAUAUUGCACCUAUCCAGUUCCCUCAGAUCUACCUUUAACACUGAAGAGGUUAGUGUUGUUUUCAGGACGACAGUAUAGGUGUCUCAGAUCCCACAACACCUGGAGUUAACAUCUCAGGAACCAUAUCAAGACGUUGUAAUCUGUGCAGGCCUGUGCUGUGUUAGUAAUGCGUGUAUCUGGAACCAGUCCACCUGUCCUCACUGGUCAGGUUAGACGCAUGACAUACACUACAUGACCAAAAGUAUGUGGACACCUGCUCGUCGAACAUCUCAUUCCAAAAUCAUGGGCAUUAAUAUAGAGUUGGUCCCCUCCUU